AUGUCUCUUCCGGGAGUUUUCCUUUUUUCCCAUUACGUGGAAAGCUUUUGGAGUACAUCACCACCUCUCUUGGAUUGGUCGGGUGUGCCGACGUUGGUUUUGGCUCUAGUCGCUCUGGUCAUGGCUGUGACAAUGUUACUCACACGACCUAUGGACGGGAAAAGGCCAGUGAGGCUGCCUGGACCACCGGCUCUGCCUUUGCUAGGUACGAGAUGGAUGUUCUGGAGCAGAUAUAAGAUGAAUAAGCUACAUGAAGCGUAUGAAGACAUGUUCAGGCGAUACGGGCCGGUGUUUGCGGAGAUCACGCCAGGAGGUGCCAUGGUGGUGUCCAUCGCAGAGAGGGCGGCUCUAGAGGCAGUGCUUAGGGCCCCCGCAAAGAGACCAUAUAGACCCCCCACGGAGAUCGUCCAAGUAUACAGACGAAGCAGACCAGACCGCUACGCCUCUACCGGACUAGUUAACGAACAGGGAGACAAGUGGCACCACCUUCGGCGCCACCUCACAUCUGACCUGACCAGUCCUCACACAAUCUACGGCUUUAUACCCGAACUGAACAACAUCUGCGACGACUUCAUCAACCUCCUGCAAAACUGUCGGAGACCAGAUGGCAUUGUACUAGGCUUCGAUCAGCUGACGAAUAAGAUGGGCUUGGAAUCCGUCUGCAGUUUAAUGUUAGGAACGAGACUUGGUUUUCUCGAGAGAUGGAUGUCUGGACGCGCAGCGGCGUUAGCAGCAGCAGUAAAGGCGCAUUUCAGGGCUCAAAGAGAUUCCUAUUACGGAGCUCCUCUUUGGAAGUUUGCGCCAACUUCGUUAUACAAAACCUUUGUCAGAAGUGAGGAAACUAUACAUAUGAUAGUAUCUGAACUAAUGGAGGAAGCGAAGUUGAGGACCUGUGGCGCGGCGCAGGACGACGGCAUGCAGGAGAUCUUCCUCAAGAUUUUCUCCAACCCUGAGCUAGACAUGCGCGAUAAGAAAGCAGCCGUUAUUGACUUUAUCACUGCUGGCAUUGAAACGUUGGCAAACACCCUAGUAUUUGUGCUGUAUCUGCUAAGCGGGCGAGCAGACUGGCAACAGAGAAUCAGAUCAGAACUUCCAACUUGCGGUGAACUACGGAUUGAAGAACUAGGGGCGGCUCCAUCGGUCCGCGCUGCGGUUAACGAGGCUUUCAGGCUUUUGCCCACUGCACCGUUCUUGGCUAGACUCCUAGAUACGCCGAUGACGAUUGAUGGUCACAGAUUGCCUGCUGGGACUUUUGUGCUAGCCCACACUGGUGCAGCGUGUCGUAGGGAAGAGAACUUCUGGCGCGCCAGUGAGUACCUCCCGGAACGUUGGAUAGACGUGCGCGAGCCGCACGCCGCGAGCAUCGUCGCGCCGUUUGGGAGAGGCCGCCGCAUGUGCCCCGGCAAGCGGUUUGUGGAACUGGAGCUCCAUUUGAUUUUGGCUAAGAUAUUACAACACUGGCGAGUUGAGUUCGAUGGGGAGUUAGAUAUCCAGUUUGACUUCCUUUUAUCACCAAAGGCGCCAGUAUCUUUGCGGUUAGUCGAGUGG